GCUUUAAUGCAGCAAGGAACAAAGAACUCACAUGGGCUUAGAGGUGAACACACAACCAGGGCUGCAGUUAGAACUCUUCCAAGUGCCAAAGCCCACCGGCGAAGACAUCUGCUGGCCAGGACUUGUUGCAGACAGAGGGUCUUUCUCAGGUGACACUAGCCUGCUUUACCAAGACUGCUGACAUGGGUACUAGACUUGAGGCAACUGAGCAAAGCAACCACAGAACUCAGAGGAAUGACAUUCAGCUGGAAAAUGCAAAGGCUGCUGGGAAAAUGGGCAUCAGUGUUGAUCUGGAAGCCAAAUAUGCUAAGCUGGGUCUAAAUCUCGGAGCAAUCACUUUUGGAGAGAAGGAUAGGAAGAAAAUGAAGAAUUCUCACCUCAGAAAACAGGAGAAUGCAAACAUCUCUCUAGCUGUAUGUGCUCUCCUGAAUUCGGGAGGUGGAGCAAUCAAGGUUAAAAUUGAAAAUGAAAAUUAUAGUCUCACUAGGGAUGGCCUGGGACUAGAUUUGGAAGCCUCUCUUUGUAAAUGUCUGCCCUUUGUCCAGUGGCACCUGGACUUCACGGAGAGCGAAGGCUACAUUUAUAUCUACGUGAAAUCGUGGAGCCAAGAAAUCUUUGGGCUGCCUAUUGGCACCCUAAGAACCAAUUUGUAUGUAAGGAGCAUGUCAUCUUCUGUACAAGUGAGCGCCGCUGCUGCCCUGGAAUUUCUCCAGGACCUGGAGGAAACUGGAGGGAGACCCUGUGUCAGACCAGAGUUGCCUGCAAGCAUAGCCUUCCCUGAAGUGGAAGGAGAAUGGCACCUGGAGGAUUUGGCUGCUGCAUUGUUUAACAGGACAGAAUUUCAGUACGAGGAAACUUUCCCCUUUACCAGAUCCAGAUAUGUUGAAGUUACAUUGCUUUCAGCGAAACGCCUGCGAAAACGCAUCAAAGAGCUCCUCCCUCAAACUGUUUCUGCUUUUGCAAACACGGAUGGGGGAUUUUUGUUCAUUGGUUUGGAUGGCAAAACCCAGCAAAUUAUUGGUUUUGAAGCAGAGAAGAGCGAUCUCGUGCUUCUAGAGAGUGAAAUAGAAAAGCACAUCCGGCAGCUGCCUGUCACUCACUUCUGUGAGGAGAAGGAGAAGAUCAAGUACACGUGCAAAUUCAUCGAAGUGCACAAAUCCGGAGCUGUGUGUGCAUAUGUGUGUGCGCUCAGAGUGGAGAGAUUCUGCUGUGCAGUAUUCGCUGCAGAGCCCGAGUCCUGGCAUGUGGAAGGCGGCUGUGUGAAGAGGUUUACCACAGAGGAAUGGGUGAAACUCCAGAUGAAUGCCCCAUCAGGUUGAAGGGGGAUUAAUAAUCUGUAUGAGGGCGGCAGAGAUGGCUCAGUGGCUAAGAGCACUGACUGCUCUUCCAGAGAUCUGAGCUGUAACCCCCCCCCCCCAGCCUGAAACCUGGUUGCUCAGGUUUCACUGUUAGCAAGAAGAGAGCAUGGGAGAGGGGGGAGGAGCCUGCCGCCCUAUCGUUCAUCCUACCCUUUGUCCACCCGAGACUAGAGGGGUGUGUCCGUUCCACGCAGACAAAGGGGCCCAGAGGGUCUGUGGCAGUGGUCACCUGAAACUGGACUCCAGGAUGAUUUGGCGGGAAUGGGCCCCUUCCCCCUCCUUCAUAAAAUUGAGCUUUGCUCAGAA